AUGGCGGACAGCGACAGAAGCGUGAGUCCAGACCCGGCUCCGAACCCUGAGGACAGCAGUGAAGAGGAGGACCACACCCCCGCAGAGGAACCCGAACCCAAACCAAUAACCCAUACUUUUAAAGACCUGGGAGUCACUGAGGUGCUGUGUGAGGCGUGUGAUCAGCUCGGAUGGAAGUCUCCCACAAAGAUCCAGGUGGAGGCGAUACCAGUGGCUCUACAAGGUAAAGAUGUCAUCGGUCUGGCUGAGACUGGGUCAGGAAAGACUGGAGCUUUUGCUCUUCCCAUCCUCCAGAGUCUGCUGGACCACCCCCAGAGGCUGCACACUCUGGUCCUCACCCCGACCCGAGAGCUGGCCUUCCAGAUCUCUGAGCAGUUUGAGGCCCUGGGCUCCAGCAUCGGGGUCAAGUGUGCUGUGGUGGUCGGUGGAAUCGACAUGAUGUCCCAGUCUCUGGUGUUGGCCAAGAAGCCUCACAUCGUCAUAGCGACUCCUGGGCGACUCAUCGAUCAUUUAGAAAACACCAAAGGCUUUUCUCUGCGAGCGCUGAAGUUCCUGGUCAUGGAUGAAGCCGAUCGAAUCCUCAACAUGGACUUUGAGACCGAGGUCGAUAAAAUAUUAAAGGUUAUUCCCAGAGACAGACGCACAUUUUUGUUCUCGGCCACAAUGACUAAAAAGGUUCAGAAACUGGAGCGAGCGGCGCUGAAGGAUCCAGUGAAGUGUGCGGUGUCCACCAAGUAUUCCACUGUGGACAAACUGCAGCAGUUCUACGUCUUUAUCCCUGCAAAGUACAAGGACUGUUACCUGGUCUCCAUCCUGAACGAACUGGCCGGAAACUCCUUCAUGAUCUUCUGCAGCACCUGUAACACUGCCCAGAGGGUGGCGCUGUUGCUGAGGAACCUGGGCAUCACUGCGAUCCCUCUGCACGGACAGAUGGGGCAGAACAAGCGUCUGGGAGCCCUGAAUAAGUUCAAGUCCAAGUCUCGCUCGGUGCUGCUGGCGACGGACGUGGCGUCCCGAGGUCUGGACAUCCCCCACGUGGACUGUGUCAUUAACUACGACAUCCCCACACACUCCAAGGACUACAUUCACAGAGUCGGCAGAACCGCCAGAGCCGGGCGCGCCGGGAAAUCCAUCACCUUUGUUACACAAUAUGAUGUGGAGCUGUUCCAGAGGAUCGAGAGCCUCAUUGGGAAGAAGCUGCCGGCGUUCCCCACACAGGAGGACGAGGUCAUGAUGCUGGUGGAGAGGGUCAGCGAGGCCCAGAGGUUCGCUCGCCUGGAGAUGAAGGAACAGGGAGAGAAACGGAAGCGUCCGAGAGGAGACGGGGACAACGACGACACAGAGCAGUCCAGUGGAGUGAGGAGCAAAGUGAGAGGUGGUCCUGGAGGAGGGGGGCAAGAAGAGAGGGGGGGCAGCCUGGAGAGGAGGCCGCUAACACAAAAGGGGGGGGGCAGCCUGGAGAGGAGGCCGCUAACACAAAAGGGGGGGGGCAGCCUGGAGAGGAGGCCGCUAACACAAAAGGGGGGGGGCAGCCUGGAGAGGAGGCCGCUAACACAAGAGGGGGGGCACCCUGGAGAGGAGGCCGCUAACACAAGAGGGGGUGGGGGGACUGUUCAAGGACUUCACAGAAAGAACCUCUACAGCCGUGUUCAGUGCCACAGACUGAUUCAGUUUGAGACUCUAAGCAGCACUCUGCUCUGGGACACUCUGCCUCUGGUGACUGUGGCCGGGAGCAGCGGUCAAGUUGGUCUGCUUUAUUUAGGAGGGGCCCCGCCUUCCACCCUGCCACCCCCCCCUCCCUCACCCCACUCCCCCCACAGCAGGGGCAGGGGCACACUCCGGCUCUCUGUAGAGUCUGCAUACCAGAGCAGGACACAUGCCUGCACCUCCACACAGAGCACUGGGCCACUACGGCUGGAACACAGGGACCUAGAGCCUCCACAGGGACCAGGACCGGACCAUAAAGAGUCUAGAACCUCCACAGGGACCAGGAACGGACCGGACCAGGACCGGACCAUAAAGAGUCUAGAGCCUCCAGAGGGACCAGGACCGGACCAUAAAGAGUCUAGAGCCUCCAGAGGGACCGGACUGACAACUACAGACCCCCCGCGAGACCCCAGGCCCCGUGUCACUGCCUCCUCCUGCAUCAUGACUCAGCGUAACGGGACAGAGGACCCAGAGCGGUACCUGUUUGUGGACCGGGCCGUGGUCUACAACCCGGCCACUCAGGCGGACUGGACCGCAAAGAAGCUGGUGUGGAUCCCCUCUGAGCGCCACGGCUUCGAGGCGGCGAGCGUCCGGGAGGAGAGGGGCGACGAGGUAACCGUGGAGCUGUCGGAGAACGGCAAGAAGGUCGUGGUCGCCAAAGACGACAUCCAGAAGAUGAACCCGCCCAAGUUCAGUAAAGUGGAGGACAUGGCGGAGCUCACCUGCCUGAACGAGGCCUCUGUGCUCUACAACCUGAAGGACCGCUACUACUCUGGACUCAUCUAUUCUGUCCCUCUCUCUCCUCACCCCCUCUCCCUCAUCUCUCCUCCCUCUCCUCACCCCCUCUCCCUCAUCUCUCCUCCCUCUCCUCACCCCCUCUCCCUCAUCUCUCCUCCCUCUCCUCACCCCCUCUCCUCACCUCCUCACCCCCUCUCCCUCCUCUCUCCUCCCCCCUCUCCUCACCCCCUCUCUCUCCUCACCCCCUCUCCCUCCUCAGGAUCCUGGGAGCUCAGGCUGGGUGUUCACACAGACACAGAAAGACACAGAGCUGUCACUGAAUUCUUAUCUUUUGCUCUGAAAACAAGAGCGCAGCUGCAAUUUCACUCCAGUGCCUGGUGUCCCGGACUCGGACUGGUCUUCCCAGACUCGGACUGGUCCUCUCAGACUCGGACAGACCCUCUCAGACUUGGACAGACCCUCUCAGACUCGGACAGACCCUCUCAGACUUGGACAGACCCUCUCAGACUCGGACAGACCCUCUCAGACUCAGACAGACCCUCUCAGACUCAGACAGACCCUCUCAGACUCAGACAGACCCUCUCAGACUCAGACAGACCCUCUCAGACUCAGACAGACCCUCUCAGACUCGGACAGACCCUCUCAGACCCUCUCAGACUCGGACAGACCCUCUCAGACUCAGACAGACCCUCUCAGACUCAGACAGACCCUCUCAGACUCAGACAGACCCUCUCAGACUCGGACAGACCCUCUCAGACUCAGACAGACCCUCUCAGACUCAGACAGACCCUCUCAGACUCGGACAGACCCUCUCAGACUCAGACAGACCCUCUCAGACUCAGACAGACCCUCUCAGACUCAGACAGACCCUCUCAGACUCGGACAGACCCUCUCAGACUCAGACAGACCCUCUCAGACUCGGACAGACCCUCUCAGACUCAGACAGACCCUCUCAGACUCAGACAGACCCUCUCAGACUCAGACAGACCCUCUCAGACUCAGACAGACCCUCUCAGACUCAGACAGACCCUCUCAGACUCAGACAGACCCUCUCAGACCCUCUCAGACCCUCUCAGACCCUCCCACCUGCUGGUCUUGACGUACUCCGGCCUCUUCUGUGUGGUCAUUAAUCCGUACCAGAAUCUUCCGAUCUACUCUGAGAACAUCAUCGAGAUGUUCCGUGGCAAGAAACGUCACGAGAUCCCACCGCACAUCUACGCCAUCUCUGAGUCUGCCUACCGCUGCAUGAUGCAAGACCGUGAGGACCAGUCCAUCCUCUGCACAGGGGAAUCUGGAGCUGGUAAAACCGAGAACACAAAGAAGGUGAUCCAGUACUUGGCCCACGUGGCCUCGUCGCACAAAGGACGCAAGGACCACAACAUCCCCGGGGAGCUGGAGCAGCAGCUGUUGGAGGCAAACCCGAUCCUGGAGUCUUUUGGAAACGCUAAAACUGUGAAGAACGACAACUCGUCUCGAUUUGGGAAGUUCAUCAGGAUUAACUUUGAUGUUGCUGGAUACAUCGUCGGGGCCAAUAUUGAAACUUACCUGUUGGAGAAGUCCAGAGCCAUCAGACAGGCCAAAGAGGAGAGGACCUUCCACAUCUUCUACAGACUCCUGGCAGGAGCCGGAGAACAUCUACGAACUGAUCUUCUCCUGGAAAGCUUUAACAACUAUCGCUUCUUGUCCAAUGGGAACCUCCCGAUCCCGGGACAACAGGACAAGGACAACUUCCAGGAGACAAUGGACGCCAUGCACAUCAUGGGCUUCUCCCACGAGGAGAUCAUGGGGAUGCUGAAGGUGGUGUCGUCCGUGCUGCAGUUUGGGAACAUCGUGUUUAAGAAAGAAAGGAACUCAGACCAAGCUUCUAUUCCUGAAAACACAGUGGCCCAGAAGCUGUGCCAUCUCUUGGGCCUGAAUGUGAUGGAGUUCACCAGAGCCAUCCUCACGCCUAGGAUCAAAGUGGGACGAGACUACGUUCAGAAAGCACAGACCAAGGAGCAGGCUGACUUUGCGGUGGAGGCCCUGGCUAAAGCUACAUAUGAGCGUCUGUUCCGUUGGCUGGUCCAUCGCAUUAACAAAGCCCUGGACCGCACCAAGAGACAGGGCGCCUCCUUCAUCGGGAUCCUGGACAUCGCCGGCUUCGAGAUCUUCCAACUGAACUCGUUCGAGCAGCUGUGUAUAAACUACACCAACGAGAAGCUGCAGCAGCUGUUUAACCACACCAUGUUCGUGCUGGAGCAGGAGGAGUACCAGCGCGAGGGCAUCGACUGGAACUUCAUCGACUUUGGUCUGGACCUGCAGCCCUGCAUCGAGCUCAUCGAGAGGCCUGUUGACUACAAAGCAGACGAGUGGCUGAUGAAGAACAUGGAUCCUCUGAACGAUAACGUGGCCACGCUCCUGCAUCAGUCCUCUGACAAGUUUGUGUCCGAGCUCUGGAGAGACGUGGACCGCAUCGUGGGGCUGGAGCAGGUGGCGGGCAUGACCGAGACAGCGUUCGGAGCCUCGUACAAGACCAAGAAGGGGAUGUUCCGCACCGUGGGACAAUUGUACAAAGAGCAGCUGUCGAAGCUCAUGGCCACGCUCCGUAACACCAACCCCAACUUCGUACGCUGCAUCAUCCCCAACCACCACAAGAGGGCAGGUAAACUGGACCCUAACCUGGUGCUGGACCAGCUGCGCUGUAACGGAGUCUUAGAGGGAAUCCGAAUCUGCAGACAGGGCUUCCCCAACCGCAUUGUGUUCCAGGAGUUUAGACAGAGGUACGAGAUCCUGACGCCCAACGCCAUCCCCAAAGGCUUCAUGGACGGGAAGCAGGCCUGUGACAGGAUGAUCCGGGCCCUGGAGCUGGACUGUAACCUGUUCCGGAUCGGUCAGAGUAAGAUCUUCUUCAGAGCCGGAGUCUUGGCUCAUUUGGAGGAAGAGAGAGACCUGAAGAUCACAGACACCAUCGUCUUCUUCCAGGCCGUGUGCAGAGGGUUCCUGGCCCGAAGGUCUUUCUCGAAGAAGCAGCAGCAGCUCAGUGCUCUCAAAGUGCUGCAGAGGAACUGUGCUGCGUACCUCAAACUCAAGCACUGGCAGUGGUGGAGGCUGUUCACCAAGGUGAAGCCGCUGCUGCAGGUGACGCGGCAGGAGGAGGAGAUGCAGGCCAAGGACCAGGAGCUGCUCAAAGUCAAAGAGAAACAGAACAACGUGGAAGGAAAACUGGUGGAGAUGGAGCAGAAGCACCAUCAGCUGAUGGAGGAGAAGAACAUCCUGGCCGAGCAGCUCCAGGCUGAGACAGAGCUGUUUGCAGAAGCAGAGGAGAUGAGAGCGAGACUUUCCAACAAGAAGCAGGAGCUGGAGGAGAUCCUCCACGACCUGGAGUCCAGACUGGAGGAAGAGGAGGAGAGGAGCCAGAGUCUGCAGGGAGAGAAGAAGAAGAUGCAGUCACACAUCCAGGACCUGGAGGAGCAGCUGGAUGAGGAGGAGGGGGCUCGACAGAAGCUGCAGUUGGAGAAAGUCACAACUGAGGCCAAAAUGAAGAAGUGUGAGGAGACCAUCCUGGUGCUGGAGGACCAGAACUGCAAAUUCAUCAAGGAGAAGAAGCUCCUGGAGGAUCGCAUCUCGGAGGUGACGUCGCUGCUCACGGAGGAGGAGGAGAAGGCCAAGAACCUGGGGAAGACCCGGCACAAGCAGGAGAUGAUGAUGGCGGAGCUCGAGGAGCGUUUGAAAAAGGAAGAGAAGACACGGCAGGAGCUGGAGAAGGCAAAGAGGAAACUGGACGGAGAGACCACAGACCUCCAGGACCAGAUCGGAGAGCUGCAGACCCAGGUCCAGGAGCUCAAGGCACAGCUGGGCAAGAAGGAGGAGGAGCAGCAGAUGAUCCAGGCCAGAGGAGAGGAGGAGGUGAUCCACAGAAACACAGCCGUAAAACAGCUGCGAGAGGCACAGGUGCAGCUGUGUGAGCUACAGGAGGAUCUGGACUCAGAGAAACAGGCCAGAGCCAAAGCAGAGAAACUGAAGCGAGACCUCAGCGAGGAACUGGAGGCGCUGAAGACUGAGCUGGAAGAUACACUGGAUACCACAGCCACUCAGCAGGAGCUAAGGACGAAGCGUGAGCAGGAAGUGGCGGAGCUGAAGAAAACCAUCGAUGACGAGAGCAAAAACCACGAGGCUCAGAUUCAGGACCUGAGACAGCGACACGCUGCUGCUCUGGAGGAACUGACCGAGCAACUGGAGCAGACCAAGAGGUUCAAGGCCAACCUGGAGAGGACCAAGCAGAGUGAGGAGAGCAGUAACCAGGAGCUGAGGGCGGAGCUGAAGGUUCUGCAUCAGAGCAAAGCAGAGUCUGAGCACAGAAGGAAGAAGCUGGAAUCACAGCUGCAGGAGCUGUCUGUCCGGAACACCGAGGGAGAGAAGACCAGGGCCGAGCUGCAGGACCGGACUCACAGACUACAGGCUGAAUUGGAUUCUGUGUCUUCGCUGCUGGAGGACGCAGAGAGGAACAGCAUCAAGAUGGAGAAGAACGUGUCCGGACUGGAGAGCCAGCUGCAGGACACACAGGAGCUGCUGCAGGAGGAGACUCGACAGAAGCUCAGUCUCAGUUCUCGUCUGAGGAGUCUGGAGGAGGAGAAGAGAGCUCUGCAGGAGCAGCAAGAGGAGGACGAGGAGGCGCGAAGGAACAUGGACAAGCAGCUGCUGACUCUGCAAGCACAGCUUUGUGAGAGCAGGAAGAAGCUGGAGGAGGACGUGGGGACCGUGGACAGUCUAGAGGAGAGUAAGAAGAAGCUGCAGAAGGAGCUGGAGCUGUCGUGUCUGAGGCUGGAGGAGAAGAGCGCCGCCUUCGACAAGAUGGAGAAGACCAAGACCAGACUUCAGCAGGAGCUGGACGACCUGAGCGUGGACCUGGACCAUCAGAGGCAGACCGUGUGCAACCUGGAGAAGAAGCAGAAGAAGUUUGACCAGAUGCUGGCAGAGGAGAAGUGUGUGUCCGUGCGGUUUGCGGAGGAGAGAGACCGCGCUGAGGCCGAGGCCCGAGAGAAAGAGACUAAAGCUCUGUCCUUGAGCCGGGCCCUGGACCAGGCGCUGGAGGCCAAGGACCAGAUGGAGAGACUCAACAAACAGCUGCAAGCGGAGAUGGACGACCUCAUCAGCUCCAAGGACCAUGUGGGAAAGAACGUGCAUGAGUUGGAGAGGUCUAAGCGGUCCCUGGAGCAGCAGCAGGAGGAGAUGAAGACACAGUUGGAGGAGUUGGAGGACGAGCUGCAGGGAACAGAAGACGCUAAACUGCGGCUGGAGGUGAACAUUCAGGCGCUGAGAGCACAGCACGAGAGAGACCUCCAGGGACGGGACGAGCAGAACGAGGAGAAGAAGAGAGCACUACUCAAACAGGUGCGAGAGCUGGAGCUGGAGCUGGAGGAUGAGAGAAAACAAAAAUCUGUGGCUGUCGGUGCAAAGAAGAAGCUGGAACAGGACCUGAAGAACAUGGAAGGACACAUCCAGGGGUCCUCCAGGGCCCGGGACGAGGCCAUCAAGCAGCUGCGCAAGACACAGGCCCAGAUGAAGGACCACCAGAGGGAGCUGGAGGAAACCAGAACUUCUCGUGACGACAUUUUCUCUGCAGCAAAAGAGAACGAGAAGAAAGUGAAGAGUUUGGAGGAGGAGGUUCUGCAGCUGCAGGAGGUCAGACUCAGACUGUGGAGGAGGUGCAAGACCAGGACUCAGACUGUGGAGAGGUGCAGGAGGUCAGACUCAGACUGUGGAGGAGGUGCAGGACCAGGACUCAGACUGUGGAGGAGGUGCAAGACUAGGACUCAGACUGUGGAGGAGGUGCAAGGAGGUCAGACUCAGACUGUGGAGGAGGUGCAGGACCAGGACUCAGACUGUGGAGGAGGUGCAAGACUAGGACUCAGACUGUGGAGGAGGUGCAAGGAGACUCAGACUGUGGAGGAGGUGCAAGGAGGUCAGACUCAGACUGUGGAGGAGGUGCAGGACCAGGACUCAGACUGUGGAGAGGUGCAGGAGGUCAGACUCAGACUGUGGAGGAGGUGCAAGGAGGUCAGACUCAGACUGUGGAGGAGGUGCAGGACCAGGACUCAGACUGUGGAGGAGGUGCAAGGAGGUCAGACUCAGACUGUGGAGGAGGUGCAGGACCAGGACUCAGACUGUGGAGAGUGCAGAGGUCAGACUCAGACUGUGGAGGAGGUGCAAGGAGGUCAGACUCAGACUGUGGAGGAGGUGCAGGACCAGGACUCAGACUGUGGAGAGGUGCAGGAGGUCAGAAUCAGACUGUGGAGGAGGUGCAAGGAGAAUCAGACUGUGGAGGAGGUGCAAGGAGGUCAGACUCAGACUGUGGAGGAGGUGCAGGACCAGGACUCAGACUGUGGAGAGGUGCAGGAGGUCAGAAUCAGACUGUGGAGGAGGUGCAAGGAGGAUCUGGCAGCUUCAGAGCGAGGUCGACGUCAUGCUGAGCAGGAGCGAGACGAGCUUCAGGACGACAUCUCCAACAGCACCUCUGGAAAGUCAGCUCUGAUGGAGGAGAAGAGGCGUCUGGAGGCUCGUAUGGCGCAGUUGGAGGAGGAGCUGGAGGAGGAGCAGGGGAACAUGGAGCUGCUCAACGACCGCUACCGGAAGAUGGCUCUGCAGGUGGACUCCCUGAGCACAGAGCUGAGUGCAGAGCGGAGCGGGGCCCUGAAGAGUGAGACCUCUCGGCAGCAGCUGGAGAGACAGAACAAGGAGCUGAAAACCAAACUGAGUGAACUGGAGGUGACCGUAAAGAGCCGCUUCAGGGCCUCCCUCUGUGCUCUGGAGGCCAAGGUCUCACAGCAGGAGGAGCAGCUGGAGCAGGAGGCCAGGGAGAGAGCAGCCGCCAACAAACUGGUGCGAAGAUCUGACAAGAGGCUGAAGGAGGUCUGCAUGCAGGUGGAGGAGGAGAGACGCCAUGGAGACCAGUACAAGGAGCAGUUGGAAAAGGCCACGUCUCGUCUGAAGCAGCUGAAGCGUCAGUUGGAGGAGGUGGAAGAGGAGGCCACUCGCUCCAAUGCCUCCAGGAGGAAACUACAGAGAGACCUAGAGGAGGCCACGGAAGCCAGUGAGGGGCUGAGCAGGGAGGUGCAGACGCUGAAGACCAGACUCAGACGUGGAGGGCCCAUCUCCUUCUCCAGUCGCUCUGGGCGUCGGCCUCUGCAGGUGGAAGGAUCCUCUCUGGAGCUGCUCUCUGACGAAGAGCUGGAGAACAGGACCACGGACAGCAACGCCAACGACACCCCCGCCCCCCACACCGCCCCAGAGUGA